GAUCAGUCUAAACGAUAAAUUUUUCAAAGGUAAAAAAGAAAGCAAUAUAUUGUAUAGUAUUAGAGUAACACUUUUGCACUUCUGAAAUUUGAAUGUCAGCAAGAAUCAUUUGCCUGCACCAAAGCAAAAAAGAAAGAGCGUUAUAUUAUUAUCACUAUAAAAUAAAGAAGAAAAAGAGAAAGAAAGGUCUAAGUUUGCCAACCCAUCUUUCAGAAACUCUCUGUAAUUUUAAAAAAGUUUGAUUAUCAUUAAUACUACUUUUCUUUUAUACUACAGUAUAGUACAAUCCCAUAGAUGAGAAGAGAUUUCUAAUUCCUCCACUUCUACUUUUCUCUCUAUAUCAUUCAAUCACAACAUAUAUAUCUUGAUCUUCUUUGUUCAUGCAAGAUCCAAAGAAUUCUUCACAAGCAAGGGUAUAUAUGUUUUUGUAGGAAGGCUUGGUACCAAAAGGCAAUGGAGAUGGCCUCUCUAUGGAAAACAUUUGCCAAGCCAAGUGAAAUUCCCACAACAAAUCCUACAUUAUGGAGAAGCCUUUCUAAGUCAUCAAGAGAGAUUUCAACCACAAAUGCGAAUAGACAAAAGUUAAGAAGAUGCACCUCUUUAAGGGUGGCAACUUCUUUUACUAGAGUUUGUCUAUGUGCACCAAUUUCUUCCUACACUGAAGUAUUUCAAGCAGAUAAUCAUGUUGUUCCACCAAGAAAAAGUAAUAGUUAUUAUUCUAGAACAUCAAAACCAAUGACUAUUUCACAAGAAAGAAUUCCAAAUGGAAGGAUGAGCUUGGAAGGGAGGAAAAUUUUCAGGGGAAAAUCUUUAACUGAUGAUGUGUUAAUGAGGAGAUUUGUGAUUGAAGAAGAAGCAAUGAUGCAAGUUAGGAGAAGGAAUCAAAUGGAAGUUAUUAGGAGAAGAAAUUCUUUGAGGAGAAGAAAAAAACUUGGUCCAAGUCCUUUAAGUAGAAUGGUUUUGGCUGAGGAAGUUUAAUUGAAGUGUACUUUUGAGUAGUUUCUAAAAAGAAAAAAAGUCAAUUUGGUACACUAAAACUUCCGCUACGUGUGUGGGGUUCGAUGAAUAGCCAAAUCACUUUCUAUGUCCAUUUAAUUUGCCAUACAUAGCCAUUUGAGUAUGUUUAAGUUCUUUCUUAAAUGGUGUUGCCUCUUGGCUUGUGUCUCUACUCUCUUAGAUGACACUUUUGGCGAUUUGAUUCAAUGAUAUUUUCACAA